GCACUCUUCAAGGGGCAGGGAACGGGGGCCGGAAUGAUGCGAUCUGUGCGACCACAAUCGCAAAGCCUCGACUAUUUCGUCUUCCGUGUGCCCACAAUACUGCAUAGAAUAUAUACAGGCACUUGAACAUGUUAAACAGCAAGGCACGCCCGGCGACUGCCGGCGCGAAGGCCUCGCGGCGCUCCUCAGUGAGGGUCGCUGCCUCCGCAUCCGCCUCGCGCCGCGACCUGCUUCUGGGAGCCGCGGGCACCGCGGCUGCUCGCUACCUGUGGCUGCCGGGCUCUGCGCUGGCCGCCCCCUCCCCCGCCCCCUCCUCCCCCUCCUCCGACUCCAUCUACCAGUUCAGUGCGCUGCAGUACGGCAAGGAGCGCUCGCUGGCGGACUACCGGGGCAAGGUGGUUGUGAUUAUGAACAUUGUCAACUACCCGGGGCUCAGGUCACUGUACGACAAGUACAAUGCCGCGGGUUUUGACCUCAUCUGCUUCCCAUGCAACCAGUUCGGCGGCCAGGCUCCGGGCACUAGCCAGGAGGAGCGCGAGUGGGCGUGGAAGAAGUUUGGACUGGAGAUUGACGGAGUGUUCGACCACGUGGAUGUAAACGGCCCGGGCGCCUCCCCGCUGUACUCCUUCCUCAAGGAGCGCCUGCCGCUGUCCACCCCCAGUGACGUGCGCAGCCGGCCCAACGGCGACAUCGAGUGGAACUACGCCAAGUUCCUGGUGGACGCCCGGGGUGUGCCGGUGAAGAGGUACAAGCCGUCAUUCGACCCGCUCAACAUGGAGAUUGACGUCCAGCUGGUGCUGUCGGGCCGUGAGCCGCAGCCGGCCGAGUGUGUGCUGCACCCCGGCCGCAAGGUGUGCAAGCUGCCGCCGGAGCUGCAGGCAGCACAGCAGCAGCUGGCAGAGGCCUAGAGCCCUGGAGGCCGUGCCGCGAGGCUGGGAACCGGCCUGCUCGGCUGCAAGUGGAGCGGAGUGGCGCCAGCAGCAGCAACAGCAGGAGCCCAGGCGCGGACUUGGGCUCCAGCCUGUCAUUUAGGAAGGCGAAGCGGCCGACGUCGCCGCUGAGCGGGCAGGCGUCUGGCGCCGCCGAUGUGCUGGUGCUGGCGCGUUGUCGUACCGGCGUGUUCGCGGCUGUGAGACACAUGUGUGCUGCGGGGCGGCAGUCGGGCAGGCCGCGAGCCCACAGGCGGCUCCACAGGCAGCGGCAGUAGCGGUGUCGAGUUCAGGGAGGGGUACACCCCACUCGCACACGCACAUGGCACAGCAGGUCGAGGGUGGCAGUGGGGAAUAUGACGGUGCAGCGGCCAAAGCAGGGGCGGAACCUACCCCCCUGGAAGCCCUGCACCCGACCCGAACGGAGGCGCACAUGCAUGCGGCGGCGGCGGGCGCCCCAGUCGGCCCUGUGACCUGAGCCGCGGCGCCAGUCCCCCGCAUGGCGCACCCGCCCACUCCCAACCGCACCUGCUGGGCCAUGUGUGUGCGUGCGCAUGUAGUGUGUUUGGACUUGUGUGAUAGAGACCACAAAGAAAGGAAGCACGAAGGAUAGCGUGUGCGUGAGUGUGAACGGGAGAGGGCGUAGGCAGGCGCUGCUGGCGAUGGCGGUUCGGUCGCGUCGUGCCAGGUAGCCAUGUGUGGCUGGUGAACCGUGCAAGCAGCCUGCUCGGUGGCACUGUGGCAUGACGUGAUGUCAUCCCGUACCGCGCCACCACACAUCUUGACUGCUGGGUCGAUUGUAUGGAGACGUGCCAGCAGCAUGUGCCACUGCAAUGGUCUGUUGCCCUCCCAGGUGUGCCGCUUCUCCCGACUCCCGACCCAUUCGCGCUGCAGUACCUGCACAGGCUGCAUACCAGGGGUGCUACGCCAGAGCCCAAGCUGCCAGACCUCGCGGCUGGUGCACUAGACUGAUGGGGCAGACGAGGGAGAAGACGAUGAGUCCUUU